CUUCUUUUCUUCCCUGUGAAACCCACAGCUCCUGCUCUGUUUAACACUGUUUCACUCUGAAGUUUGUGCCUGAUGGUCCACGGUAGUGCAGAUAAAAUGCACGUAAUAACCAAAACCUGUGUCCUAUUUUUGUGGAUGCAUCUACUGACCUUUGUGCAAAGCCAAGAUUGUACACUUCAGCAGUUUGUAAAUGGCCCCCACUAUGAUUCAAAUUUUGACAUAACUGGUCUGGACGAUAGCUACGCUGGUGGAAGGCAGGUGAGAGUGAGCUGCAGCGUUGGCUACACUGGCUUUUUCAAGCUGAUCUGUGUGGAGGGACGAUGGCAGACUAGAGGCAAUAAAUGUCAACCAAAGUCAUGUGGUCAUCCCGGCGAUGCCCAGUUUGCUGAUUUCCAUCUUGAGGACGGAAUUGAUUUUGUUUUUGGGUCAAAAGUUGUAUACACUUGCCACAAAGGCUAUCAGAUGGUCAGUAGGACGAAAUUCCGGCGUUGCACGGCAGAAGGCUGGGAUGGUGUUGUUCCAGUCUGUGAAGCCCAGCAGUGUCCAGCGAUUCAUGUGGACAGUAAUGUCCAGGUGAUUGGGGAUCCAGAAGACGCAAACUAUGGCAAUGUAGUUCGAUUUAGAUGCAAACUAGGCUCUGAAGUCCUUGAAGGGUCGACAGAGAUGUAUUGUGAUGAAAACGGACAGUGGAGUGGGACGGAACCAAAAUGCACAGAAAUAAAAUGUACAGCCCCCCUUAUUGCAAAUGGUGUGGUGCUUGGAGGUGUCCAAGAGUACAAAGAAAAUCAAGUCCUGAAUUAUCAGUGUGAUCCUCAAUACAAGCGUGCUGAAGAAAGACAAUCAAAAUGCAUGAAAGUGGUAACAAAAGCAGAGUGGAGUCCCACACCUGCAUGUGAAAGAGUAAAAUGUGAAGUGAAACUGCCAGCACUUGAAGGAACACGAUAUGAACCUGCUUCCCCAAAUGUGUUUUUACCUGGUGACACACUCAGAGUUCUCUGUGGAGAGAAACACUGGAUUGUGGACCAUCAGACCACCUCAGCAGAGACGACUUGUCAAAGUGAUGGAAAGUGGAGCAUCAGGCCACUCUGCCACGAGGUCAUAUGCAGCAAUCCACGAGACCAAAAUCUGUACAGCUGGGGUGUCAGUCGGUAUGAUCAGAAAAAACUGGGUGACUCUGCAUAUUACAGGUGUGAAUAUGGUUAUAAGAGUACAAGUAGAAACGAUCAGGCCACUUGCACCAGAGAUGGAUGGACACCAAAACCACUGUGUCGAGGAACAUACUGUACCAAACUCAACAUUGAAAACACAGACGUUUCCCACUACCGCAGGGACCAUUACUAUCACAAUGACCGAGUCCAGUACACUUGCAGGAACGGCAAUAAAAACACUUUUACUAUUACCUGUAUUGAAGGUGGUUGGACAGGAAUAAAGAGCUGUUCAGAGUGUCAAAAAGCUGACGUGCCAUAUGGAUUUAUUGUUGGUCCAUACCAAGACAAGCUGUACUACACCUGUAAUGAUGGUUAUAAGCUUUCCACCAAAGGCUGGUGGGGUGAAGCCAGAUGUAUUGGUGGUGUUUGGUCUGGACUCAACCAGUGUAUUGAUAAAAGACUUUGUGGAGAAACUCCUGUGAUUCCUAAUGGGAAAGUAAACCACCAAGUUAAUAGAGGAGCCCAGAGUUCAGAGAUUAUUUGCAAUGAAGGAUACUAUGCUCAGAAUAGGCGCUUAUUUUGUCACAACGGAAAAUGGCUUCUAGCUGGACCUGGAUUAUCAUUUGAAACAAUCUGUGAACCAACCGCUGUUCACUGCAGUCCCCCUCCUAAAAUUCAGAAUGCUGUGGUUUUGUCUUCAUAUCAGAAGGAGUACUUGUCUGACUCUGAAGUAACUUAUCAGUGUCGUGAUAAGUUUAUAAUGGAGGGAGAAGACACAAUUAGAUGCAAUGCUGGCCAGUGGGAGGAGAAAAACAUCACAUGUAUACCAUACUGUGGCAAGCUCAACAAUGAGAAGCAGUCCAUGAACUUCACCUCGGAUAAAGACAAAUAUAUGAAUGGAGAUGUCAUCGAGUAUCAGUGUAUCGUCCCUGAUCCAGAAGCUGAAGGCAAUGCAACAUGUACGGAUGGCAAGUGGAUCAAAACAGUAGAGUGUAAAGUAAAGCCAUGUCCACAUCCUGAUGAAACUCCAAAUGGCAGUUUUCAAAUUACUGAGGGCGAAGACUUUGUCUUUGGAACUGCUAUCCAAUACGUUUGUAAUCAAGGGUAUCAAAUGGUGGGUAAGGACACAUUGAAUUGUUCUCUGGAUGGAUGGACCGGGAAGGCACCAACAUGCAACCUCAUUACUUGUGAAGUUGGUGUUCUGCAUCAUGAUCUCAUUGUAACUGGAAUGCUAUCAGCAAGUGAAACUGUUCCAGUUGGAGAUAAAUUACUGUUUGACUGCAGCAGCGAGUUUCAACUGGACGGAUCUAAAGAAACAGAGUGUUUACCAACUGGACAGUGGAGUGCGCCCUUCCCAACCUGCUCCGAGAAAUGCAAAGUUUCAGGAUUAGCAGCCAACGUAGUCGUCACCCCACGUUUAUCAGGCCAAACUCUAACAAAAGGACAAAAGUUAACAUUCAGUUGCAGUCAACGUGGACAAUUUAUUCAAGGGAAUGCAACAGUUGAAUGUUUGGCAAAUGGACAGUGGAGUGAUUCCUUUCCAACAUGUGGAGCUCCUGUGGGUUGUGGGAAACCUCCACCUCUUGCAGAUGGAGACACCAAAGAAACUGUUGGCUUUCUGUACAGACAUAAUGCAAAGGUUGAAUACAUCUGUCAGAAUGUUUACCGUAUGGAGGGUGGGCCGUUCAAGAUCUGCAAAAAUGGUGAAUGGACUGGACAGAUGAGAUGCCUCAAGCCCUGCACUGUGGAUAAAGAUGUCAUGAGAAGACACAAUAUUACGUUCACAUAUAGUUCUGAAGAAAAGCUGUACGCACCCCAUAAUGAUGUAAUCCACUUCUCAUGUAUCUAUGGAACAAGACGUGUCGACAGAGUGGGAAUGCGUCAGAAGUGUAUUGAUGCAUGUUCAAAGCUCCCUGAUGUUCCACAUGCUCACGUGUCAGAAGAAACCAAAAAAGCUGAGUACCAGGAAGGAGACGUGAUACAUUUCACCUGUGAAUCUGGUUAUAUAUCAGACCACACUUCAAAAUAUGUCUGCACAGGGGCAGGCUGGCUAGUAGUCCGUCGGGGAAUGUGCUACUCAUGUUCAGUGCUCCCAGAUGUUCCUCACGCCCAGGUGACAGAUGAAACCAGAAAAGCUGAGUAUCAAGAAGGAGACGUGAUACAUUUGACUUGUGAACCUGGUUAUACGUCAGAUCUGACCAUCAAAUAUGUUUGUGCGAGUGAGGGCUGGCUGGCAGUCCGCCAGGGACUAUGUUACUACCCUUGUCAAGUUGGCAAGAUGCAUCCUCGUCUCUUUGUAGCUGGAUUACCACCAACAAAUGAAACAAUAAAAACUGGACAUAAAUUACAGUUCCAGUGCAGCAAUGACUUGACACUAGAGGGGUCUGAAGAAACUGAGUGUUUAGGAACUGGACAGUGGAGUGCCCCCUUCCCAACAUGCUCUGAGAAAUGUAAAGUUUCAGGAUUAGCAGCCAACGUAGUCGUCACCCCACGUUUAUCAGGCCAAAGUCUAACAAAAGGACAAAAGUUAACAUUUAGUUGCAGUCAACCUGGACAAUUUAUUCAAGGGAAUGCAACGGUUGAAUGUUUGGCAAAUGGACAGUGGAGUGAUUCCUUUCCAACAUGUGGAGUCAUUACUUGUGAAGUUGGUGUUCUGCAUCAUGAUCUCAUUGUAACUGGAAUACUAUCAGCAAGUGAAACUGUUCCAGCUGGAGAUAAAUUACUGUUUGACUGCAGCAGUGAGUUUCAACUGGACGGAUCUAAAGAAACAGAGUGUUUACCAACUGGACAGUGGAGUGCGCCCUUCCCAACCUGCUCCGAGAAAUGUAAAGUUUCAGGAUUAGCAGCCAACGUAGUCGUCACCCCACGUUUAUCAGGCCGAACUCUAACAAAAGGACAAAAGUUAACAUUUAGUUGCAGUCAACGUGGACAAUUUAUUCAAGGGAAUGCAACGGUUGAAUGUUUGGCAAAUGGACAGUGGAGUGAUUCCUUUCCAACAUGUGGAGCUCCUGCGAAUUGUGGGAUACCUCCACCCCUUCCAGAUGGAGACACCAAGGAAACUGUUGACUUUCUGUACAGACAUAAUGCAAAGGUUGAAUACAUCUGUCAGAAUGUUUACCGUAUGGAGGGUGGGCCGUUCAAGAUCUGCAAAAAUGGUGAAUGGAUUGGACAGAUGAGAUGCCUCAAGCCCUGCACUAUGGAUAAAGAUGUCAUGAGAAGACACAAUAUUAGGUUUGCAUAUAGUUAUGAAGAAAAGCUGUACGCACCCCAUAAUGAUGUAAUCCACUUCUCAUGUAUCUAUGGAACAAGACCUGUCGACAGAGUGGGAAUGCGUCAGAAGUGUAUUGAUGGUGUGAUGAACUUCCCCACCUGCGUGUGAAGUUUUUUAAUCAGCUGGAUGUGAUAAAUCAGAGCACACAAGCAUGAUGACAUCCAACAUCAAGAGUAAGAGCAGUUAUGUAUUUUACUUCUGUGUGCUCAUUUUAAUAAAAGUAUAUAUACACCCUCA